AUGAAGAAGGACUUUUAUGAUGUUUUGAGCAUAAAAAGAAAUGCAUCUGAUGAGUAGAUAUCUACUGCUUUCAAGAAACUAGCUUUGAGACAUCAUCCCCUUAAGAACCCAGCAGAAAUGAAUAUUAAUUUGCAAAAAUUCCAUGAAAUCUGUGAAGCUUAUGAAAUUUUAUCAAAUCUAUAGUUUAAGACUAUAUAUGACUAAUUUGGUGAAGAUGUUUUAAGAGAAGGCUUAAGAGACGAUAAAGGAAAUUUCACUGGAGGAUAUGUUUACUAAUAAAAUUGCUACCAAAUUUUCGAUACUUAUUUCUUGCAAUACAACCCCUUCUUUAAUAUUUUCGAUUCAAAGGGACAUGAUCUUCAUGGAUCUCUAUUUGGCACUGGAUUCGGUGGAGCAAAUGAACCAGAGCCUCCCAGAAUAGGCGAUAUUUUUGUCUAAAUUCCCUGCACUCUUUUUGAAUUCUAUAACGGAUGCAUCAAGAAGAUUACCUAUCAGAGAUAAUAGCUAGCAUUAGAUGGCCAUACAAUUAAAAUAGCAACUAUUGAGAAAUAAAUUGCUGUUAAGCCAGGAUUCUCAUAAGCUAAUAGUCUUACAUUUAAAGGAGAGGGUCACUAAAUGAAGAAAUACAAAAGUGAUUUGAUUGUGUCAUUCCAUGAGUCAGCACAUACUUUAAAUGGCAGGGAAAAUGCAAAUCAACUGCAGUUAAUUAAGAAUUAUUAGAGAAGAGGCAAUGAUUUGAUCUACACAGCUCAAAUCUCUCUAUCAAAAGCUAUCAAUGCAGACCCAGUUAGACUAGAAACCUUCGAUGGUAGAAUACUAAUGGUGCCAGUAGAUCAAGUGAUUGGACCUAAAACAGUGAUUAAAAUUGAGGGAUAAGGAAUGCCAAUUUAUAAACAAAAGAAAUUUGAUGAUGAAAGCGAGAGUUAAGAACAAUAAAUGGGAGAUUUGCAUUUAAGAUUUGAGAUAGAAUUUCCAAAGACACUUAGGGAGGAUCAGAGAUUGAGAAUUGAGAAGAUUUUAGCACUAGCUGAUGAUUGA